AUGGAGUCCCUCUCCUCCACUGCUCGCGCAUCACGCGCCCAGGCCAAGCUGCCGACGGAGCUGAUCCUGCACAUCAUCGACUGCGUCUUGCCCGCGAACCCAAAGGCGUUGCUCCCGCCGUCGCACCUCUCGACCCGGACGCUCGUCUCGCUGACGCGGGUGUCGCGGGCGACGUAUAGCCAGGCGACGAGGCUGCUCCGUCAACGAUGCGUCUACGUCGACUCGAGCCGCCGCCUCGCCGACGUGCUGCUGUGCAUGUCGAGGCUCGUGCCAACCCUGCCGGCGGUGCUUUCGUUGCGGCACCUGACGUCGCUCUACCUCGCCCCCUUCGUCAGCUCGCUCGACGACCCUCCGACGGCGGUGUGGGUGCGCGAGCUCUUCUGCGAGGUCGGCGACACGCUGCGGCGGCUGGUGGUGCAGAUGCCCUUUAGCAGCCUCGAUCCGCUCGACGAUCACCUCAGCGUCAGGCGAACGCUGCGCGAGGGCUUCGAGCAGCUCACCAAGCUGGAGGAGUUUGUCUGCCUUGGCGAGUACCCGGCGCUGAGCGUGCCCGAGGCCCACACGGACGUCUGGCGGCUGUGGCCCAGCCUGCAGCGGCUCGUCCUCUUCGGCGUGCCCAUGAACAGCCACUGGCUCUGGUGGGACAUUGCGACGCUGCCGGAGCUGGCCCACGUCGUCCUCGCGCGGCCGCAGCAGCUCGAGUCGACCAACAUCAAGGACGAAUACUUCCACAAGCUCCCCCGCAAGGACCCGCGUCUCGGCCGGAAGAUCAAGGUGGUGCUGCUCGGCGCCGCCUACGAGUUCCCCGAGGUGAACACGCGCCGGUGGAAGGAGAUUGACCCGUCCGAGAUGAUGACGGUCGAGGUGUACGAGGUGCCGACAUCCUACUACGGCGACGAAACGCCGCAGGAGCUGGUCACGAACUGGAUCAAGCGAGGCGCCCUCAGCGGGACGCUGUGGGGAUGGUCGGGGAACAAGAUUGGCCACGAUGGCUAG